UUAGUUAUUUUCAAGAUGGCGGAUCAAGCUGUCGUGAAAGAUUUAGACGAAAAAAUGACAUCUAGCGAUGUAAGUGGUUUAUUUAAAAGGGAUUUGCUGAUUAAUUCCAUAUUCCAAGUUCAAAUAGCAUUCUCAAACAAGUAGUAAUGAUUUCUUUUGCUAUGCAGACGUUUUUUCUAAUCUAGCAAGGAGCGAAAUAGUUCGAUUUUCUUGAUCGGUUGGCAGUUUGAGAAGCAAUUUAAACCUGUGUUCAGGGAAGAAAAUAUUCCCUGUCCUUAGAAUUAUUUGGUCCUUCUCUUCCUUUAAGACUUGCUUUUGUUUCCAUGUUAUCAUAAACAUUUCCAGGUAAGACAACAUAUGUGAAUGCAUCAAUUGAUUGUUUAUUUAUUUUGUAGUUAUGAGGUACUCAUAUCGGCCACUUUAGGUUCACGCUAAAAUAUCUCGCGAACAAAAAAAAAAUUCAGCUGUUAAUAUUCAUAACACAGUUCUAUUAUAGGCCACCACUGCCCUAUUACCGGCCACUCGCCAUUCUCAGGACAAUAGCACAGAAAACUUGCUUCAUUUUAGCUAAAAUACCACAGACAAUGAUCUCUGUUAAAUGUAGUUUGCAAAAGUGCUUUUCAAUUCUAAUUUAAGCCUCAUUUGGCUCCAUACUAAAUGAUUGCAUGGCAAAACUUGUAAUCUCUCAAAUUUGUUUUGAAUUGUUCGAGUGGCCGAAAAUAGGACAUGUGACCAAGGCCCAAACAAUGAAAGAUCACAUGAAACCGAGACUGAAACAAAGGCCAGAAAGCACCCUGGGACAUCAACUACAAAAUGGUGGAUUUGCUGAGCGAUGUUCAUCGCGAUAGGUGGCCGAUAAUAGGACGUGGCUGAUAAUAGGAACUCUAUUCUAGUAGCAGUGUUGUUAACAAGAAACAAGAGCAGCAAAACAAUGAUGUUACAUCUAUGGCAGAAAUAAUUAUUAAACAAGAGAAAGAUGAGUGUCCCAAUGAAGACAUUGUUAUACAGCACAUUGGCAGCGAGGAACUUAAUGUGAAAUUUGAGAAAAGUGACAAUUUAUGCCAUAAUGCAAUACAGAGGGCUCUUUAUUUAGCAGUAACAGAAAACAGCAAAGAGGAGAAUGUAAAGUCCAGGUGCACUGCUAGAAGUGAAUGUGUUUCUUUGGAAGAAAGCAAGCUCACUGAAGCACAUGGCAGUUAUGAUUGUGUGCUGCAAGACCAUUGCUACACAGUCUUUGGAGAGAUAGACAAUGAGGACCAAACAUCAUGUAGAAGCAUUGGCGAAGUUUGUGAAUUUUGUGGAAGGCAUUAUCAGGUUGAUCCUGUUAUUCAAAAUGCCAAAUGCACCCCUCCUGAACUCAAUAAGAUAAUUGAGAAAGCAAAGAGAAAAAAGCAACGUGUGAACAAAUGUAAGAAAUGUGGCGUACAUGUCUCUGGAAGUAAACAUUCUUGUUCAAUGCCAUUUCAAUGUAAGGACUGUGACAUGUGUUUUGCAUAUCCCAGGGAGCUAAUUGAGCAUUCGCAUUUCCACACUGGAAAAAUGCCUUUUAGUUGUAAAAAAUGUUACAAGUGUUUCAAAGAUGCCAAAAAACUCAAAGCACAUAAAAAAGAGCAUAAGAAUGAGAAGUCGUGUCAGAGAAGACUUUUCCAGUGUGAGACAUGUGGAAAGUGUUUCAUGAAGGAAAAGGGAUUGCUAGCACAUAUGGAGAUUCAUAAUAAUGAUGACAUAACUGAGGGAAAGCAGGAAGCUGAUACUACUGGCUCACAGGAGAUUGGAACUUGCAUUAAAAAUAAUGAUAAAAUAGAGGAAGUUUUGAAUGUUUUGCCUGAUCCAAGUCCAGAGAAUGACAAAACAAUUGUAAAAGACCGUUGGGACAAUUUUAUGAGGGUUUCACAGGGGAUCCAAACAGGCAAGUAUAUUGAGCUUAAUACGGACAGAGUUGAGCACAGAGAGACUGCUGAUGAUACAGUUUAUAUGGGAAAGGCAUUUGAAAGUGUUUCACAAGGAACACAAACCGACAAGGUUGUUCCAUGUAAGUGUGAAAUACUAAGUCACCCAGAAAAUGGAAAAUUUGGUCAAAGUAAUUUAUUGGAGUGCCAAGUUUGUGGGAAAUGUUAUAUGCGAGAAAAAGGACUGAGAAUACACAUGGAAACUUGUCAUAAAAUGGGUAAUGACACUAAGACUUUGUGCUGAGACAAUUGAUUUGUCUCUUUAGGCAUGGCUUUGGAGAGUAAAUAGCAAGUAUUAGAGAUGCUUUACAGGAUGCAUGUAUUAGGCCAAGUAAAAAUAAACAAAUGUUUCCCGUCCGGAUUUCUAAAAAUAUUCAAGUGGAUGGGUUUUUUUUAAAUUUUAUUUCUUUAUGUGGAUGACAGGGUGUAUUUUCAGUUUUGCGUUAUUCUAAGGUGAAAUAUUAAAUGUUUUUAAAUAAACACAACUCGCAAGUCAUAAGCUUACAUUACCGAAACUAAAGCUUUUAGUUUUCUUCCAAUUUUUUCUAAAUCAGUAGCACAAUUUAUUUCUUCAGUAUUAGGCAGGAGUCUCAAGAUUUUGGACCUCUUCUCUUGUGCUCCAAUGUGGAGCACCAAAUCUCAUGCCUUUUGGCGAUUUUUAUCUCUCCUGAAAAAUCUUUUUAAAGAAUAUCAACAUUUUGCCUAUUUUGUAUCAGUAAUGAAAGAUAAUAAUUACUUGUUUAGCACCAUUUGUUGAACAUGCAAGCAAGAUCUAUAUUGUGCGCGAUAACUUUCUAUAUAAUAUAUACAUCUAUUCAAAUAAGGUUGCACUUGGACAAUCUAUGAAUCGUGCUUCAUGGGUAGCAAAAAAUAAGUAAAUUAGCAAUAAUAAAAUACAAGUUCAGGUUUCAAAAGCUGCAGUAUAUUUGUUAACAUUCUUAUGAACAUUCACAAGGCUUUCAUAUACAAGUAUUCAGCCGUUUAUAGGAUACCCGUGAACCUGCGCAACAACACAUGGGUUCUCCAAUGCAACCUUAUUUGAAAUAGGUGUAUACUCUACCCCUCCCCCUUAAGUUUUCAAGCCUUGAGAUUUUCUGGGGUUGCAAGGUAUGCAGAUGUAAGGUUUUCAAGGUAACUAUCUAUAAUUGUGUCAAGUUGAGUACACCUUACUUUUAUUGAAUUAAAUACAGUCGUUAUAUUUCAUCUGAAUAAUAGAUUAUUUAUUGCACACCUUGUGAGUAAGCAGUUGGUGUUUGUGUUAUUGUAAAUAAUUAUAUAUAUAACGAUUGUGUUGUUAUAUGAAAUGUUUUCAAUGCAGGUAAUGGUAUUUCUUUCAUUAUUAAAACGCUGUUAUUAAAAUGAAAAAAACCUGGGUUUCCUAGGAUGUGUAAAAUAUGGAAUCGCAAAUUGAUGUUGAUGGCGAUAAUGAUAGUACAGUAAUAAAAAUUAUUUAUCAUUGUGACCAUGACCACUAUUUUGCAGUUCCAAGUAUGUUGUUCAAUCUAUAAUAAAAGCUGUUUCCAAAA